AUGGUCGCCUAUGCCGUCGGCCUCGUCCAGGAGAGGAGCUUCUUCCAUAGCGACACAUUCAGUCUAUGGGUGACCGCGCUACUCCUGCUCCAGGCGAGCGCGUACGCGGCGCCCAGCCGUGACAUGGACCAGCUCAAGGCGCGGCUGCUCCACCACGUCCUUCAGACCGGCCUCGUGCUCUGGCUUGUCGUCAACAGCUUGGGCCACAACGCCAGCUACCGGGCGGCCACCUGGGCGUUCUGGAGCCUCAACGUGCUCAAGACGGCCGUCAAGAUCGUCGAGGUGUUCAAGGCACGUCCCUUCCGUCCAUCCGCCGAGGUGGUUGCCGAGUACAUGGGCGUCGAGGAGGUCCUCGCCGGCGACCAGAUGCCGACCGAUCCAAGGAACAUGACGGGCUACAAGUAUCUCUUCCACGGUGAGGAAACCAUCCAGCUGAUGAGCGGCAGCCACGACGAGAUACUAACGAUGAUGAGCUCCACCUCCGCCAAGGAGGUCAUCACGAUCGAUCAAGUUUACCGGUGGAUCGAUGAACAGGGAUACAGCGACGUCGAGAAAGACAUGGCCAAGGACAUCUGCCUGGCCUUCUCGCUGUUCAAGCUGCUGAAGCGGCGGUUCUACGGGUACAAUCCGGCGGAGGCCCGCUCGCGCAAGUCGCUGGACCUCGUCUUGACCGGCCUCAUCCAUCAGGCCGUCACUGACCACAUCCGUCGGGUCGACACCAGCCCCGACGCCGCCUUCCGCGUCGUCGAGGCAGAGCUCACCUUCCUCUACGACUUCUUCUACACCAGGAACAUCGUUCUGACGGGAGCCAGGACCCACAUCUUUACUGCCGUCCUUGUGCUAGGCCUGAGCAUGUGGGCGACGUUCUUCGGCACGCUCGGCCCCGGCUACAGCCGUAUGGUCAUCGGCGUAAGAAACCUCGACCGCGCCGUCACGGUGGUGAUCGUCCUCAUCAUCGCUGCCCUCGAGCUGUGUCAGGCGGUGGCCCGUUUGUACGACAACUGGAGGUACAUUGAGACUGUGUACCGUUGCGUACGCGACAAUCGGCCCUGGUCGAAACGUCCACGGCGCCAACUCUGGUGGAAGGAGAGCAUUACGCCGCCGGAGACAAUGUACUGGAACUGGGAGCAGAUGACCGGCCAGUAUGUGCUCCUUCAAUGGUACGACCACCGGCCGUGGAAUGUGCUGUCGUGGCUAACACUCGAGAUCGUGAAACCACUGAGGCGGGGCCAGAAGAGAGACCGAAGACAGGCUCUGCCUCGGCAGGUCAGGCAAGCCGUGCUCGUCUCGCUCAAGGCCAGCCGCGGCGAGCUCACCAAUGGCGUCGCCACCGUGCAGAGGCAUGGCCUGUCGCAACAACUGACAUGGGCGUGCAUGUUACCCAAGGUCACCGACCAGAUCCUGGUCUGGCACGUGGCCACCACCCGCUUCGACUGGGUUAGUGGUGGUGAUGCUAUUGACGACGGAGUGGACAACCACAGGCUCGUGGCGAGGAAGCUGUCCAACUACUGCGCCUACUUGGUGGCCUUCGUGCCGGAGAUGCUGCCGGACCCGAGCUACAACGCCGAGAAGAUGUUCGACAUGGCGGUGAAGCAGGCGCGAAAACAUCUCGUUGGCUGCCGGACCAUGCCGGACAUACUUGCCAAACUAGAUGAGAUACAGAGCAAGGAGGAGAGUUACCUGGAGGACGGCGGCCUAUACGGCAGAGCCGGCAGCAGCAGCAUCAUAGAGAAGGCCGCGGUGCUUGACGGGCAGCUCAUGGCGUCCGUGCCCGACGAAGGACGGCGAUGGAAGGUGCUGGCCGAGUUCUGGGCCGAGUUCAUACUGUUCCUCGCGCCGUCGGACAACGUGGACAUCCACGCCGAGAUGCUCGGUGCCGGCGGCGAGUUCAUGACGCAGCUGUGGGCGCUGCUCAACAAUGCCGGCAUCCUGGAGCGUCCGUCUGUUGCCACGUCGUCGGCACCGUCGACCUGA